UAUCUCUCUGUUUUUAACAAGAGCACAGACUGCUAAAUUCAUAACUUGCCGAAUCCUAAAAUCUUAGUAGACAAUGCAACUUUGACACAGGCCACACACGUUGAACACUUGUUGGCUAAGUUUUCAUCCUCAGUUACUUACUUACAUAUGUGUGUGCAAAAAAAUUGAUAUAGCCGUUUCAAAGGCAGACCAAGACUGGCCAAUAGACAACCAAACGAUUUCAAUGAAACUAAUAUAUAUACUAGGGUUACAAACGAGACAAAUCAGCAAUUAUGUUACUAACAAAACGUCGAAGAUAUCUCCCUCGUAAAAUAGCAUUUUAGUGACGUGCGAAAAUACUUUAAACGCCAACGCGCCUGCAGAAUACUAUACUCAUAAUUAUAUAAGUCCCCACAUUAUUGUCAUCAGGAUUGUCAAAUUGUCAACCAUCCACCAAACUUGCCUACGAAUCGUGCUGAAUACAGAAUUUGUUAAAAUGUGAAGAGACACAAGCAUGAACAAUAAUAGAAGUUACGUACAUAUGUAUAUGUAUAAUUUUUAGAAUGAAAUGGCGUAAAGUGUGUAUCUCUGGAGAUAUAUCGCGUCUAGAUGGGAAAUUCCAAAUGAUAAAAAAUUUGUUUGAAAUCGAGAUAUUGUGGCUGUGUUUAAAAUGUCAGAAGUCGUCGAUACAGAACUAUUAGUGAAUUGCACAAUACUCGCUUUCAGGCGAUUUGACCUCAAUACAAUUGUUAACUCGUCAACAUUAAAUAGCCUUAACCGGACGGAAAUUAUCAGUCUGCUGUCAGGAAUAAUAGAGAAUAAGGACAACUUGGAAAACAUUAACGAAGCGAAGAAGAAAAAAUUCAACUUCUCACGCUUGCUCCACCGACAUGGAGUCGCGCAAAAACAAUGGCUGAGUUUGGAACAUCAGAAAGAAAAGCCAGGAUUGCUAAAAAAUUAGUGGCAGAGCAUGGCAUACUCACACUCCCAAACACAAAGAAAGGAAAACCUUUUGAGUGCAAAACUGAAGCUCUAGUGACUAAGUUUUAUCAGCGCGAUGAUAUGAGUCGCCUGAUGCCAGGGAUGAAAGACUGGGUGUCUGUACGAAUUGACGGUAAGAAAGUUCAAAUGCAGAAGAGGAUAAUUCUCUGCAACCUGAAUGAGCUGUUCGCGAGCUUUCAAUCUGAACACGAGGAUAUUAAAAUUGGAUUCACAAAAUUUACCCAGCUCAGGCCAAAACAUUGCGUCUUGGCAGGAAGCAGCGGAAGUCAUACAGUAUGCGUUUGCAUUUAUCAUGAAAAUGUGAAGCUGAUGUUGAAGGAAAUCAACUUGAAUUAUUUAACAAAUGAUUCGCCGGAAGAUUUGAACAGUUACCGUGAUUGCGCCUUAAAUUGACAAUGUGUCCUAAUGUAUCAACUUCUUGCCACUUGGGUGAAUGCUCAAAUUGCCCGGGAACUACGUUCAUCAAAGAGAAUUUGGUCAAGUCUUUUGACCGAGAAUUUGUGGAGGAGGUCAAAUUUGAAUCUUGGCUGCAGUCUGAAAGGUGCACAUUGAAAACAGUAAUCUUAAGUGUGGACGAUUUUGUGGAAGAAAUUUGUACCGGAUUGGUAAACUUGAGAACCCAUGACUUUCUAGUCAAGGAGCAGCGGUCAUUCUUCGAAAAUUUGAAGAUACAUUUGCAGGCAGGUGAAUUCGUUAUUUCAUACGAUUUCGCAGAAAACUAUAAAUAUGUUAUCCAGGAUGCCAUACAAGCAUUCCAUUUCAAUAACGACCAAGCAACUAUAUUUACAAUAGUUAUUUACUACAUGAAAGAUGGAAAACUGGAACAUAAAAGUAUGGCAAUCAUAUCCGACGAUUUGAAGCAUGACGCCGUUGCUGUUUAUGAGUACCAGAAGAUAAUACUAAAUUAUCUAAAAUCCGAAUUCACAGUAGCGAAGGUAUACUACGUUUCGGAUGGAGCUCGUCAGCAUUUUAAAAACAAAAGUAGCUUCGCAAAUCUUAUGGCUCAUGAAACAGAUUUCGAUACACCAGCUGAGUGGCAUUUUCAUCCUACUGCUCAUGGUAAAGGAGCAUGUGAUGGUAUAGGAGCAAAUAUUAAAAGAAAUGCAGCGAAGUAUAGCCUCCAAUGCUCUCAUCAAGCCCGUAUCUUAGAUGCGAAAGCUUUAUUCCGGUGGGAGAAGAAGUACUGUAAAGAAACUGAAAUAAUUUUUAGUAGCAAAGAUGAUCAUGCGGAAACUGCGAAAUCACUGAAGAGCAGAUUCGAUGCUGCAGUAACAAUCGAUGGUACCGCUCAAUAUCAUGCUUUCAUACCGAUUGGCGAUGGAAGGCUCAAGUUAAAGAAGUUUUCUUCCUCUACCCAAUGUGAUUUCUUUCCAAAAGCGAAACCCGAAAUGAAAUCAACAGCAGAACCCAGUAACCCUAAGAAAGGAUUGACGAAAAAAGCCACAAAGAAAGGUGGAAAAUAAGGUGGAUGGAAGGCUGGCUAU